CAGUCCAUGCGUAAAAAUAAAGAGAAGUGGUUAUUUGGUCUUACUAAAACUUUUAUUGGGCCGAGAAGACAAAACCCAAAAAUCCGACCGAACCGGAGUUAAAACUCAUAAAACGCCGAAGCCUCGAUUAACAAAUUAUUACACAAAAAAACCAUGGCGACGCCUUCGCCGACCUCCUCUCCUCCCUCUGAUUCAAACCCUAAUUCCGCCGCUACUCCGCCGCAUCAACAACCCACGGAUCCAUCCUCUCCUCCACCGUCGCAUAUGACCGUCGUCGCUUUAGCCGCUACAACCUCCUCCGUCGCCAGAAAAACCCAACCUGUACUCUGGACUCACGACGAGACUCUCCUCCUAAUCGAAUCCUUCAAAGAGAAAUGGUACGCAAUUGGCCGUGGUCCUCUCAAAUCAACCCACUGGGAAGAGAUCGCCGUCGCCGUUUCAGCUCGUUCCGGCGUUGAUCGGUCAUCUACUCAGUGUAGGCAUAAGAUUGAGAAGUUGCGUAAAAGAUUCCGAUCAGAGAGACAGAGUAUGGGACCUAUCUCGAUUUGGCCUUUCUAUAAUCAAAUGGAGGAAAUGGAUUCGAACCCUGCUCCCAUCUCAGCUCGUCCUCUCACUCGACUACCUCCGAAUUCGAAUAGUCACUACCAAGACGACGAAGAAGAAGAUCAAGAAGAAGAAGAGGAUAAUUACGAAAAAGAGGAAGAAGAUGAGAGACAGAGCAAAUCGAGGAGUAUUAAUUACAUACUGAGAAGACCUGGUACGGUUAACAGAUUUGCUGGAGUUGGUGGAGGGUUGUUGUCAUGGGGACAAAGAGAGAGAUCAACGAAGAGGAAGAGGAACAACGAUGGAGGUGAUGGUGGUGAGAGGCGGAGGAAAGGAGCGAGAGCUGUGGCGGCGGAGAUUAGAGCGUUUGCUGAGAGAGUUAUGGUAAUGGAGAAGAAGAAGAUGGAGUUUGCUAAAGAGACAGUGAGGCUGCGUAAAGAGAUGGAGAUUAAAAGGAUUAAUUUGAUUAAGACUUCUCAAGCUCAGCUUCUUCAGUUUCUCAACUCUUCCUUUGAUUCUUCUUCUUUCUAACUAGAAGAUACUAUUAUUAAUUAAGCCAAUAAUAACAGAAGAUGAUGAUGAUGCUAUGGCUGUUCUCCUCUUCUUUUGUAACAUGUUAACGAUUCUAGAAAGUGCACCAUGUGUUGAUGUGUACUACUAGUAGAGUGCACCAUGUGUAAGCUAAUGUUGAUAUGUAGUGGACAAAAAAUUGUUAUGGGAAGCAAUGUGAACUUUUUUUUAACCA